UUCGUGACUUUGCCCAGGUCUACAGCAUUUUCAGUAAUUUAAUUAAGUUUUGGUGUCACUAUCCCAGAAACAAGUGUUUUGUUUUAAGCGCGAUGGGCAACAUUUUCGGAAAAACGAAAACAAAACCCAUCAGUCGAGUAACUGAUCAAGAUAAAGCUGUUCUGCAACUGAAACAACAACGCGAUAAGCUAAAACAGUAUCAAAAACGUAUAGAACUAUCUUUGGAAAAAGACCGUGAACUGGCGAAGAAAUGUUUGGCCAGUGGAAGGAAAGAGCGUGCCAAAACGUUGCUCCGUAAAAAGAAAUACCAAGAGAAGUUAUUAAGUAACACAGACGCGCAACUAGAAACGUUAGAAAAACUUGCCUCAGAUAUAGAGUUUGCCCAAGUUGAGGCACAGGUGGUCAGUGGAUUGAAGGUGGGCAACGAAGCCUUGAAAAAAGUUAACGAGAUCCUGUCCAUCGACGAAGUGGAGCAAAUCUUAGACGAAACUAGAGAAAGUAUCGAGAAACAACAAGAAAUUGACGCACUGCUGAAUGGUGUGCUCUCGGAAGAGGACGAAGAAGAUGUACUAGCUGAGCUGGAAGAUCUUAUUGGUGCAGAUCAACAAAAGGAAAUGGAACAAGCGCCUGAAGUAGAUAUAAGUAAUCGUUUGCCCGACGUUCCAAAUGAUACAGUUAUCAAGGAGCAAAAGCGUAAGGAAAAAGAUGCAGCGGGAAUGAACAAAAAAGUUGCCUUGGAGGCAUAAUAAAGGACAGGACUUUAAUAAAAAGGUUCCAUUAUGCUGCCAUGAUUGCUGGUUUGAUUCGCAAUCGCGGUUGGUAAAGCCGCUGAAAUAUGCCUUUCUAAUCAUUUUAUCGUGCGAUCU